UCUCUUUUUCUCUACCUCGUCCACUUUUGUGUGCUGGAACAAGGGCAGAGACACUCUAGACGGAUUUUACAGACAGAUCGGGGUGGACAUUCAAUUCCUCUGCUCUGAUUGCCACAGAAGAGCUCUUUUCUUUCAGCCUUAGUUCUCUGUAAGCACGUUUAUUCUCUGGGCAAACAGAAGAGCUGUGUGGCCACAGGAAUUCCAGGUCAAGGAUUCCUCCGGCAAGCAUGACUUCACCUGUGACAGGUUCAUUUCCUCUCCAGCAAUGAGACCAGUGACAUUAACUUCAAGAGGAACCAAAGACAGUAACAGAGACUUUUGUCAUUUUAGACUAUUUGGGGGAGCAUAGAGUUCUUUUUGGACAUGAUGGGGUUGUUGUCAGUGGAUCAGAGUGCCGUUUUGGUGGUGGCCGCCCUUUUUGGGAUGUACCAGUUUGCUGAAGGGGGAUGCUCAGGAGGAAGGUGCUGUCAAGGCACAGAUUUCACCUGUGUCACUACAGACUGGAGGAUGGACCGUGUCUAUGGGACGUGUUAUUGUGAUGAGAGGUGUUUAAAGACUAAAGACUGUUGCUUUGACUACCCAACAGAGUGUCCAGCUCAGCUGUGUGUAGUGAGUGAGUGGAGUCACUGGAGCGGGUGCGCUCAGCACUGCCAGCCCUCAUUCCGGGUCCGGAGACGCAGCGUUGAGAGACUGCCCCAAAACAGUGGACAGGCCUGUCCAAGGCUGGAGGAACAGGCUGGAUGCAUGGAGUAUCAGGACCGCCAGGGACAGUUUUGCACUUCUGUGCAAGGAGCAGCAUUCAUAACAACAAUGGAGUACAGCAAAGGCAGAACACAUGAUUUGUAUGGGGCCCCAAUGGAUGCUGGUUUCUGUAUGGAGUUCAAGAUGGAGUCUCUGACACCGCAGUGCAUGGUGGAGAAUAGACCCUACACGCGCUGGAUGCAGUACUUGAGGGAGGGCUACAGUGUCUGUGUGGCCUGCCAACCUCCGGCAAUGAACAACCACAGUCGGAGUUGCCAAGGAGACGGCAACCUAGCUGAGAGGGAUGAGCUUCUUCACUGGCAGGCGGCGGGAAGCCCUCCCUGCAGAGGAACAUGGAAGAAAGUGCAGAGACUACAGCACUGCUCCUGUCCACAAGUGCACAGCUUCAUUUUCAUUUAAACAUGAGAUGCUUCUUCAACCCCUUGAUAAAAUCCACCAAUGAACAAUAUAUCAUAUUAUUACGUCACAAAAAACCCCAUCACACUUUCACAUACAUUUAUUGUGUUGUUUGUUUUGUUGAGAUUAAUUCAUCCUGCCAUUUCUGCACCCUUGUAAUAUU